AUGAACAGAUCAGGAAGUGAUGACCCCCCAGUAGAAGUGAAUCCUUACAUCCGAUAUCCAAUCAUUACGAAGGAUCAAAUGAAGACCAUAGCCAACGAUAAGUUUAAGUUUGAAUAUGGAUACGCAUCUUAUGGCCACCAUACAAGUAAUUCUGACCCCACCAUCCAUUCGUUGUCGGACUUGACAGACCCUACACAGCUCAAGAGUUUACUCCCGCAAAGAAGACCGGAAGGGUCCCCCAUAGAUACGCUUUCAGUGAAGGCUGGCGAUGAUGCCAUGCUUGUGUCGCCCACAGUGCUUGCUGUGGCCGAUGGUGUAUCAGGAUGGGAACUGAAACACGAGAACAGCUCCUCUGGUAUUUGGUCAAGAUCAAUGUUGGAGACAUUAAGUCGAUUAAUGACUGAAUACAAAGUGUCUCAUUCACCUCAUCAUCUUCAUAAACGAGACAUUGAUCAGAUUUUAGACGAUUCUUAUUUGCACACGUCCCAUCAAAUGGACUUACAACAAUUGGGAGGUUCUUCCACACUUAUUCUUUGUAUGCUAAGUGGGAUAUAUCUUCAAAUCAUUAGUAUUGGAGAUUCUAAAUUAUAUCUUAUAAGAGACGGAGAUAUCAUAAAGACUAACGAUGAACAGAUGAUAAGUCCCUUAUGUCCGCAACAAAUAGGUACGCACACGCUCUCGCAUAUGCCCUCGGAAAUCGCAUGGGUUGACUCAAUUGAAUUGCAAAAGGACGACAUUAUCGUUGUGUGUUCCGACGGGAUCUCCGAUAACUUGUAUCCUCAUGAGAUUUUGGAAUUUGUUAAUCAUAAUUUAAAUUCUAAAAAGAAUAAUUUGAAAGCCGUGGCUCGGAUUAUUCUAUCAAAGGCUAAAACAGUGGGGUUUGAUGAUUAUGCGUAUACUCCAUACAAUGAGAAGGUCAAUAAUUUACCGAAUUCAAUGAGAAAUGAUACGGUUAGUGCUGGUGGGAAACUUGAUGAUAUGUCGGUAUGUAUUGCCAAAGUCAUACCUAAUGGGAAUAUUUAA